CCGCUCUCCGUCAAUCCUUCGAUUUCGAUGCAAUGAGAACAGCGCGAGAGGCUAUGGCCGCGAUCUUCCCCUUGUCAGAGAGUCUGUGGAUGGAGUGGAUUGAUGAUGAUGCCCGCAUGGCUGCGACGCCGGGGGAGCAGAAGGAUGUCGGAAAGCUCUAUGCUCGUGCUGGGAAGGACUAUUUGUCCAUCAGGCUUUGGAGCGCUUUUUUGGGAUUCGUCAUACAGCAGUAUCAAGAGGCUACGGAGGCGGCGGAGAAUAUGGAAGGAAGUGAGGAAAACCUGGAAGAUCACUGGCCAACGGCGCAGGACGUGCGUGAGGUUGGCGACCAAGCCCUGCUCGCAACACAGCUGCACUUUACAGAAAGCGCUACGGUCUGGAACACAUAUAGGGAUUUCGAAGCCCAGCUACUCGACCAACUCAAAUCGGACGAACAGAGGGAUCGAUUACGACAGAUGUACCUUCGGCGACUACAGCAGCCCCAUGCGCAGCUUGAGGAGACGUUUAGCGCCUAUUCGACAUUUGAAAGCACUUGGGACGCUGCGAACUAUGAGGCGCAGCUGGUAGCCGCCAACGCUCUGGUUGCAGCGACGCGCCUGCUCUUGAAUGCGCGCGAACCUUAUGAGAAUGCAUUGAAAGCUUCUGGAGGAAGCGUGGAGGACUACCUCCGCUACAUCGAAUUUGAGAAACAGAAAAAGCAGGGCACAGAUCAGUUCCGGAUCCGCACCCUCUACGAACGCGCUCUUGCGACCCACUGUCUGGACGCAACCCUCUGGGAUGCCUAUAUCGUAGACAUGAUGAUCAUCUGCCCCGUCGAGCUCGUCGUACUUCCAAUCGCCGUACGAGCCGUGCGUAAUUGUCCCUGGGCAGGGGAUAUGUGGAGCCACCACAUCCGGAUCUCGGGCCACUUCCAGAAACCUUUGAUCGAGAUCCUCGACAUCUUUGAGCGCGGGCUCGCAUAUCUCCCCACCCUUGGAAACGUAGACGAGAUGGUCAAGCUGCUGCUGGCGUGGCAAGAUUUGGAAGCGUCGUCGCCGCAGGCAGACUGGACCAACGCGGAGUGGGCGAAAACGGUCGUUGAUGGGUACCUUGAGAAGAUCCAGUUUGUGCGCGCACAAUACCCGCCGGGGGAUACCUUCCUCCGUCUGGAACGCGACCUCAUCCACAUCUUGGUGCACAAGACGAAGGACAUUGCCGCGGCCCGCGCUGUCUACGCUGACACCGCUAAGAUAUUCGGCACGCAAAGUGAUUUAUGGCUCGAAUACAUCCGCUUUGAACGACAGUACGGAACAGCUAAGCAAGCUCGAGCGCUAUUCAAAUCCGCUGCAGCGCGCAACCUAGACUGGCCUGAACGCGUAUUUGACGCGUGGCUCGCUUUUGAGCGAGAAGAGGGCGAUGUGGAGGCGUACUACCAGGCUGCGGCGGCAAUCAAGAAGCAGGGAAGGAUUUUGCAGAAGCGGAGGGAGCAGGACGCUGCACUGCUACAGAACCAGGAUCCCGCCGCGGCUGCUGCGGUGCCGCUGGACACGUACGUCCCGGCACAAGGAGAGGCACCGCAGAACGGAACUAUCCAUAACAAGCGUCAAAGGGGGUAUGACGUGGACGCAAAUGUCCAACAACCAAGCGCCAAACGGCCCAAAUCGGAAGGUCCCGACGCCGAAACUUCAGCGGCGGAGACAACGCAACCCGCAAAAGGCAACAUGUACGAGUUCCACAUCCUGGACAACAAAAUGGCCGGCAACAUGCUCUACAUCACAAACCUCUCCCCCCGCACCACCGAAACCGACCUCAAACACCACUUCUCCCCCUGCGGCACCCUCCUCGACGUCAUCCUCCAACCCAACCCUACCACCGGCGCCCUCGAGGCCUACCUCGAAUUCGCCGAUGCGGCCAUGGUCCGCAAAGGCGUCGCCCUGCACGAAUCCACCCUCUGCGAACAAACCAUCUCCGUCGUGCGAUGCAAACCCGAACACUCGAUCUGGAACUUCGCAGGCGUGGAGGAGAAGAACAAAAUCUACGUUGCUAAUCUACACCCAAAGACCGAGAAACGACACCUUCGGGAACUCUUCACACCCUUUGGCCAUCUCCGGGAGAUCCGGCUGAUGUUACGCCCCACCACCGCGUUCGCAUACAUCGAGUUUGCGAGCGCCGACGCCGCGAGUACCAGUCUCGCUGCGAACGGGAAACAGAUCCUGGGCAAACAGAUCUCGGUCGCCAUCUCCAACCCGCAGAAAACCAAACCCCGCACCGCGGACGGGAGGGAGGUGUAUGUCACCAACCUCCCGCGCACGCUGCAGAAAGAGGAUAUCGAGCUGCUCUUCAAGCCCUGCGGCGACGUGCGCGACGUCAGAGUCAUGGUGGGAUCCGACGGCAGGUCCCGCGGGACGGCCUUUGUGGAGUAUGUGGAGGAGGAAGGCGCCAAGAAGGCCGUCGAGACGCUGGAGGGCACGACGGUGGAAGGGCGGGUGGUGAGCGUGAGUGUGCCGGAUCCGAACAAGAGGGGCGUCACAUGGAGGUGAGCGGGG